ACCAAAACCAAUUGUGCAUUAAGAAUAAGAGCUCUGGACAGAGGGGCCCUCAUGUCUGCCAUGGAGAGUUUGCGGGUGCUCGAGCUCUACAGUGGAAUAGGAGGGAUGCAUUAUGCAUUAAAGGAGAGUGGCAUACCUUGCCAGGUGGUGGCUGCUAUCGACAUAAACACCGCUACCAAUCAGAUCUACAGGCACAAUUUCCCUGACACCCCGCUCUGGAACAAGACAAUAGAGGGCAUACCACUGGAGGACUUUAAUAAAUUAUCUUUUGACAUGAUUUUGAUGAGUCCUCCAUGCCAACCUUUCACCAGGAUAGGUCUUCAGGGUGACAUUCAUGACCUCCGAACAAAGAGCUUCCUCUACAUCCUUGAUGUUUUGCCAAGGCUGCACAGGCUGCCCCGCUUCAUUCUGCUGGAGAACGUGAAAGGCUUUGAGAGUUCCUCUGCCAGGAAUAUUUUGGUGAAAACACUGAUGGAGUGUGGAUAUACAUUCCAGGAGAUCAUGGUCUCACCAACAAGUGUUGGGAUUCCUAAUUCAAGAUUGCGUUAUUUCCUGACGGCUAACCUUGCGACAAAUAAGUUAAGCACCCAGACAAAGAUUUCAGAUGCCCACCUACAUCCCUCGGAGUAUGAUUCGUCUGAGCUGCCCGCAGACUUGUAUCCGACCCACACAAGUACCUGCCAGCCAGAAGAGGACUUGCAGGGGGGUCAUGUCCUGUAUAAAAUGGAGACAGCAACUGAUGUGCAGCGGAAAAUGAUUCAGAACAACAAUCUGUCUGUCAGGCAGAUCCAAGACUUCCUGGAACCACAGAUGGAAGCAAACUUGGAGAACUUUCUCCUUCCUCCUAAAACCCUACUGCGAUAUGCUCUGCUCUUAGACAUUGUUCAGCCUUCAUCCAGGAGGUCUGUCUGCUUUACCAAAGGCUAUGGACGGUAUGUGGAAGGAACUGGCUCAGUACUGACAAAUUGUAUGGAAACAGAGAUGGAGCAUGCGUUUACUCAUCUGGACCAGUGCGCUGAAGAAGAAAAACUCAUGCGGCUAAUGAAAUUGAAGCUCCGAUAUUUUACUCCAAGAGAAGUUGCCAACCUCAUGGGUUUCCCUCAGAGCUUUUGCUUUCCAGAACAAAUCUCAACCAGGCAGCAGUACAGAGCUCUAGGAAACAGCCUGAAUGUUCUGGUGGUGACCAAACUCUUACAAACGCUACUCUCCUAGCAUUUGGAUGUUUCUCUGGAGAUGAUCAUUCUGUUGUCGUUGUUAAUUAGAUAUACGUAUAGUGUAAUCAUUGCUAGCUAUAUUAACUUAUAUGCUAUGUUAAAAAUACUUCAGUGACAUCACUAGUAUAUAAAGUUACAUGUCUCUUACAUGUAACUUAUAACAGUACAUACUUAUCUUUGCUUGGAUCUUGAUACAGUUUUUUUGUGUUUUUUUUCCAGGGUUAAAAAAAUCUUGAAGACAACAUAUGACAUACGUAGUUUUUAUAUUUUUCCUGAUCGAUCAUUACUAGUGCAGUGACUGCUGUAAACAUGCCUGUUUGAAAGGGGCUGUUUGCUUGGCCUGUGGUGACGCUUCAGAGCUUUCUACGGAAUUAUUCCUUGUCAUUAUUGAGCCCUCCUCGAACUGCUCAGAAUAUACUGACUCUUUCUCAAUGGUUACUUGAGGGACAUUGUUUUCAUAUAUUUUACAUAUAAUUUAUGAUGCAGGCUGAAGUUAGAAAACUUUUGUACAUCCUACCUUUUUUAUCUUCAAUGAGGAUUUUAUAAAAUGAAACUCAAUUAGCUUUAUUACUAUUCACUUAUGGUUUAUGUGUAUUUGAAAGAUUUACUGGUGUUAUUUUUUUUACAUUUCAGGUUGACUUUUUCCGUAGUCUUUUAAGUAAUUGAAAAAAUCUGCUGACCCAAGUUCUCAACCUUUCAUAAUAUAAGCUCUGUAAUUCAGCUUGAUAUGAAGAAUUACAGUUACAAAAUAAAGGUGAUUUUACCAAUUUAGCAUAUAGUCUUCAAAGUUUGUUAUCAAUUUUUAUUUAGUUGCUGUCAGUCUGAAAAAGUUUGCUACACCUUAGAGAAAUUACUAUGUAGAUUUUUCUAUUUGGCUUAUUCAGGACUGCCGUCCACUUUUUAGAACUAUAUUAUUGAGGUGAUUGCUAAGGGAUUGCUACUGUACUUGCUUAACAGAUAUUUUAGGAGUUGCGACACUAGUAACAUUCACUCUACUGGAUCUCAUGGCGGAGAAGCUAGCAAUUUUCUCUGAUACAAAAACAGUUCAUCUAAAGGCCAUGCUUGCUGUCCCAUCUCUGAGCCCUACUGGACAGGGCCCUCUUCAAGUUCUUGCAAAGGUUUUGCUAGUGGAACAAAUCAUUAAGUUUUUACAGAUAACCAAAGGUUUUUCAAAAGACAGAGCAUUUUUAGCAAUUAUACAAGCUGUUUUCUUUAAUGAGUGAGCUAAUGGCUGAACAUUAAGAAGGAGAAUUUGCAAAGAAGCCUCAUGUUUUAUUGUAAUGCUCAGCAUGUCUAGUAUUUGUAUUGUAGUUUUAUACUAUGUAUGUUGAUUUUUGUUAUCAACUGAAUAAAGCUGCUGAAAAGCAA